GAAUAUGAGGAAUUGUGGCAAAGAGAAGAAUGAGAGCCCUUUCAGAAAGGCACGUCCUUCGUUGUGAGCAUGAUGUACACAUUUGGAAGUAUUUUGGUAGAGGAAGAAAAUAACAAUAUAGAGACUAAGAUGGAAAUGGAAGAAGAGGUGAAGAAAAAACCAGCAGCGAAUCUAAGAGCAGGGAAGAGAAGACGCGGGGAAGGUGAACAAGGAAAGAAAGAAAAGGCAAGAGAAAAAGAAAAAAGCAUAAGGAAAUGAAAGAAAUUUAAAUGGAAGGAAGAAAUCCAUGCAAGUCCAAAGCCAUCCAGAAAGAAAGAAAGAACGGAAGAAUGGAAGAACAGAAGAGACUAUAAAGGACCUGAGCAGCACGCACCGAGCGGAGUCGGUCCCUUACAGCCUCCCCGCCCCGGUUAAAGUACCUCGCUCUGGAGCGGACGUCCCGUAAUUAGGGAUGAUGGCUCCGACUUUGAUGGUCUCAGAAGCGCAGGCAAAGGGCGAACUGCCGGGGGAUUGAAGAAGAGAAAAGGAUGGAGAGAGAAGACAAAUUAAGAACAAGGCACGACACGGAAAGGAGGAAAACGAGAAAGACGGAAAUGAAGAAAGAAGACUUGAGAAGGAGGGAAGAGCAGAAUACAAAGAGGUAAAAAGCAUGAAAAGAACGCCUCCCGCCUCCAUUCAGUAUAGGGAACUGAAGGAAAAAAAUAGAAGAAAGUCAGACGAGAAAAGGGGAAGAAGGAAAGAAAGAAAUAUUUGCAAGGAAACAGCAGGCGAUAAAGAAAAAUAAGUAAAAGAAAAACCAGCACGGUGAGAGGAGCCGGCAGAGGAGAUGCGUGUGUCAGGGCAGAGGCUUGGGCGCUGUUUGGAGCGUGUGAGGCGGCGGAGCAGCGCACGGUGUCGCUGCAGGCUGAGGAAGGGCGUGUGGGCGGCUCCUUGGCGGUGCGGCGGAGAGCCCGGCUGUGAGCGCGGGGGGGCGGCUGGGGCCGGGCAGCGGAGCCGGUGCGUGCGGGCGGCGGCGGGAGCCGUGCGGGGCCCGUGCGGGGUCGGAAGGACUGGUCGUGUGCGGCGGCGAUGGGCGAGUGUUUGUGGGGUGCGGUGUUGCGGGUGGUGGCGGUGCAGGCGGCGUGGGCGCUGUGCUGGGGGCAGGUGCGGUACUCGGUGCCGGAGGAAGCGAAGGCCGGGACGGUGGUGGGCCGUGUGGCGCAGGACCUGGGUCUGGAGGCGGGCGAGGCGGAGGCGCGGCGGCUGCGGCUGGUGCCUGGGGGCCGGCGGGCGAGCGUGGAGGUGAGCGGGGCGAGCGGGGCGCUGGUGGUGAGCUCGCGGCUGGACCGGGAGGAGCUGUGCGGCAAGAGCGCGCCGUGCGCGCUGCGGCUGGAGGUGCUGCUGGAGCGGCCGCUGCGCGUCUUCCACGUGGAGCUGGAGGUCACCGACAUUAAUGACAAUGCCCCCAUCUUCCCCGCCGCCCGAAAAAACAUCAGCAUCGCGGAAUUGUCUGUGGUGGGGUCUCGUUUCCCACUGGAGGGCGCGUCAGAUGCAGAUAUUGGAGCGAACGCGCAGCUCUCCUACACACUGAGUCCCAACGAACAUUUCUCUUUGGAUUUACAAAAAUCAAAUGAGCGAAAUAUUGUUCCCGAACUUGUUUUAAGGAAACCUCUGGACCGGGAGACGAUGCCGGUGCACCGGUUGUUGCUGACGGCGAGUGACGGGGGCCGGCCAUCUCUGACAGGGACGAUGGAGCUGGUGAUCUCGGUGCUGGAUGCGAACGACAACGCGCCCCAGUUCAACCAAUCGGUGUAUAAAGUGCAACUACCAGAGAACGCUUCAGUGGGGACGCUGGUGGCACGGGUGAACGCCACAGAUGCAGAUGAAGGAAGUAAUAGUGAAGUGACCUACACUGCAACCAGCUUCAUUCCGCCGAGUGGAAGAGAUGUGAUUUCCAUGAAUCCGAAGACAGGUGAGAUUCACCUGACGGGUGCUCUGGACUUUGAAGAAGUCAGUAUAUUUGAUUUCCGUAUAGAAGCGAGAGACCAAGGGACGCCCCCGCUGUCGGGUCACUGCAGCGUGGAGCUGGAGGUGCUGGACGUGAACGACAACGCGCCGGAGGUGCGGGUGACGUCGCUGUCGGUGCCGGUGCCCGAGGACGCGUCGCUGGGGACGGUGGUGGCCCUGCUGAGCGUGUGGGACCGGGACUCGGGGUCGAACGGUCGUGUGCGGUGCUGGGUGUGGCCGUCGGGUCCGUUCGUUCUGGAGGCGACGUUGUCGGGGUCGUACUCGCUGGUGCUGCGGGAGUUGCUGGACCGGGAGCGGGUGUCGGAGUACGAGGUGGAGGUGCGUGCGGAGGACGGCGGUUCUCCGUCGCUGGGCGCCCGCGUUGGGCUGCGCGUGCCGGUGUCGGACGUGAACGACAACGCGCCGUCGUUCGCGCAGGCGGUGUACACGGUGCUGGCGCGGGAGAACAACUUGGCGGGCGCGGAGCUGGCGCGGCUGUGGGCGCGGGACCCGGACGGGGCGGGCAACGGGCGCGUGAGCUACUCGUUGUGGGAGGGCGCGUUGGGCGGGGGGUCGGGGUCGUGGGGGUCGGGGACGUCGGGCUCGGUGGGGGGUGUUGCGGCGUCGAGCUACGUGUCGGUGGAGGCGGAGAGCGGCGUGUUGCGGGCGCUGCGGCCGCUGGACUACGAGGAGGUGCAGGUGCUGCAGUUCGAGGUGCGUGCGGUGGACGCGGGGGAGCCGUCGCUGUGCGGCAACGCGACGGUGCAGCUGUUCGUGGUGGACGAGAACGACAACGCGCCGGCGCUGCUGCCGGCGGCGGGCGGCGGGUCGGAGGCCGGGUCCGUGUCGGGGGAGGCGGGGACGCUGUGGGCGUGGGCGUCGUGGGGUUCGCCGUCGGGUCAGGUGGUGGCGAAGAUCCGGGCGGUGGACGCGGACUCGGGCUACAACGCAUGGCUGCGCUACGAGCUGUGGGAGCCGCGGGGCAAGAGCGCCUUGUUCCGCGUGGGGCUGUACAGCGGCGAGGUGAGCACGGCGCGGGCGCUGGAGGAGGCGGACGGGCCGCGGCAGAGGCUGGUGAUCGUGGUGCGGGACCACGGCGAGCCGGCGCGCUCGGCCACGGCGACGCUGAGCGUGUCGCUGGUGGAGGGCGGCGAGGCGGCGCUGGCGGCGGCGGCGGGCUCGUCGUCGCUGCUGCCGCGCUCGUUGGCGGGCGGCGAGAGCGGCUCUGGGCCGGCGGCGGCGGCGGCGACGAACGUGUGGCUGGUGGUGGCGAUCUGCGGCGUGUCGAGCCUGUUCCUGCUGGCCGUGGUGCUGUACGGGGCGUCGCGCUGGGCGCCGCGGGCGGCCGUGCUGUCGGGGCCCGGGCCCACGACGCUGGUGUGCGCCAGCGAAGUGGGCAGCUGGUCGUACUCGCAGCGCCACAGCCGGAGCCUGUGCGUGGCGGACGGCGCGGCCAAGAGCGACCUGAUGGUUUUCAGCCCCAACUUCCCGCCGCCGCCCGGCGCCGCGGCCAAGGACACGCAGCCGGAGCCUCCCGCUCUCCUCGACACGGUCAGUGACAAUCCCUUGCUCUCGUCUACUUGUUCCCUCCUCCCUCUGCCCCUUCUCUCCCGCCCCCUGGGCCGGCCCUGUCGGGCUCCGGGCUCCGCGCCCCUGGCUUGUGGAAGUGGUUGCUUUACAGGUGCUUAAAUAUGUUAAUUGUAC